UUAACUACAGAAAUGCCUGCUGGAAGAAGUGCGAGGCAGUGGGCCACGUUUUUAUGACGAUGUUUUGUUAAUUUUGAGUCGCUGACUGGAUCAAAGUGACGUUAACAAACCUGUGAUUGACUUUACUAACCGCUAACGUUUAGAAAGUCAUCGCGGAGGAGUAACGGUUUCCUGGGUUUACGUUACGACGGUUGAAGUAGCUCGUGUUUGUGACCCGCCAAAAGCGACAGUUCAGCGAGGAAGUGACCAUUUUGUGAGGUAGCUGGUUUUUAUAACGUCAUAUUUAAGUUAACCUGCUACAAACGAAAAUGAGUGGCGGAUUUAACUUCGGGCAAGCCUCCACGGGUUUCGCUUUUGGAGCUCAGAAGCCUCCAACCGCUGCCCCCGGUACAGGCUUCGGGAUGACAAGCUCCACACCGGCAGCUCCCGGAGGCGGUUUCUCUUUCGGCACUUCCACUCAGCCCACCGCCAACCCCACCAACUCUUUCAGCUUUGGCACCCAAGCAAAGACGACAGCAGCAGGUGGAGGCUUCUCCUUUGGGGCCCCCACCGCCUCAUUUGGCCUGAGUGCUCCUCAAACCACAGCAACAACAGCAGCAGUAGCACCAGCAGGGUUGACUUUAGGCUCUGCAUCAGCUCCAGCUGCGGGGUCAGGGUUCACCCUGGGCACGGGUUUGGCUGCGCAGACCACAACUUCCGCCCCAGCAGGCGGGGGUUUCACCUUUGGGACUCCUCAAGCUCAACCCCAACCCCAACCUGCAUCUCAACCCCAACCUGCAGCACCAUCCACAGCCGCGGUAACAGCAACUACAGGAGCAGGCGGCCUCUCAUUCGGGGGGUUCAGCUUUGGAGCAACCAAGGUCCAGGCGACCACUGCUUCAGCCCCUGCUGCAGCCACCACUGCUGCCCCAGGUGGAGGCUUCAGCUUUGGCACCAGUGCUCCAUCCAACCUGACCUUGGGCACCCAGCCCCAGCCAGCCUCCACUGCUGCAGCCACAGCAGGUGCAGGUGGGGGGUUUACUUUUGGGAUUAAACCCUCAUCAACCCCAGCACCUCCUGCAUCGACCCAGGCAGCCUCAGCUCCAGGGCCGUCUCUCUUUGCUUCACCCAUCACUACAGCUGCUGCCCCUGCUGCUGCUGCUGCCCCUGCUACUACUGCAGCAGCAGCUACAGGUUUUAUUUUGGGUGCAGCUCCAACUUUAGCAGCAAGCACUGCCGCUGCAACAACCGCAGCAGCUGGUGGAGGUCUGGCUUUUAUGCUCAAACCUCUGGGGGCAGCUACCAUCACCUCCACCUCUGCCCCUUCCUCUACUGCCACUGCAGCUGCCACAACGGGUGCCGCUACAGCCUUUACACUGGGGCUCAAACCUUCAUCUGGCGCAAGUGCAACAAUAGCUACCACAGCCACAACACUCACUACAACCACGGCUCCUCCAGUGAUGACCUACGCCCAGCUAGAGGGGCUCAUUAACAAGUGGAGUCUUGAGCUUGAAGACCAAGAGAGACAUUUCUUACAGCAGGCUACUCAGGUGAACGCAUGGGAUCGCAUGCUGGUGGAGAAUGGUGAGAAGAUCACAGCCCUGCAUAAAGAGAUGGAGAAGGUGAAGCUGGACCAGAGAAGGCUAAACCAGGAGCUGGACUUCAUCCUGUCCCAGCAGAAGGAGCUGGAGGACUUACUCUGCCCGCUCGAGGAGUCAGUGAAGGAGCAAAGUGGAACCAUCUACAUGCAGAACGCGGACGAGGAACGUGAAAGAACGUACAAGCUUGCCGAGAAUGUGGACGCACAGCUGAAGAGGAUGUCACAGGACCUGAAGGAGAUCAUCGAGCACCUGAACACAUCCAGUGGCCCAGCAGAUACCAGUGACCCACUUCAGCAGAUCUGUAAAAUUCUCAACACCCACAUGGAUUCACUUCAGUGGAUCGAUCAGAACUCGGUUCUUUUACAGAGGAGAGUGGAGGAAGUGUCCAAGCUGUGCGACAACCAGCGCAAGGAGCAGGAGAAAACCUUUCGUUUAACAUUUGACUGAUCUGGAAUUAAAAUGUUGACAUGUAUAUUUGCAUAAUGAUAUUUUUUUCGGUAGUCCUAAAGAGGGAAGUCUUUUUAGGGGUGGAGAGGCAACCAAAAUAUUCAUUAAUUCCUCUUUAUUUUCUUUUUUCCCGCCAGCUGUUUUGAAUCGUUUGGUUACAUAAAGAUUGAUAUUUUCAUUGUAAUAGCUUUUUAUAUAGAGAAGUGAAAAUAAUCAUCUGUUUCCAUGUAAAUGCAAUGCUUGUUCUAAAUAGUAAGAUUGAAUAAAUAUCUGGAUUAAGGCUCUGGUUA